UCCAUAGGUUCACUUCCACUGUGAGGCUGAUCUUCAGCUGGUGUUGGCUCACACUGGAUACAAAUCUAAACUGAACCCAUUAGGACAGACUGACUACCUGUCUGGGGGGUGAGAGAAUCCCUGCUUGGUUUAGGCUAGUAACAAUCAUUACGCUAGCUCUGUGAGGGAGGAGACGAAUGCAGCCAAUAAUUCCAUUCAAAUCCAGCAAGCUGUUAGCUCAGUCUAGAACUAGACAUUCUAAUGAUCCUGCUAACCCCGCCCUCGGAUGGACCUCCUUUGCCUUGCCCUCGCUUUGCUGCCCACAUGAAGUCGUUUCCUGGGUCCCUGGGACCCCCCGCAGCUCACAGAUCUAAGCCACAAUCACAUCCAUGUGACUCACUGGAUGCGCAGCCAAGCCAGGCUCUUACUGCACGAAGUAACAAUUGGAGGAGUGCAGUGUUCAAUCCCAAGAAAAGUGCUGGUCAUCUCCAGCACCUAGUUAUGUUUGAACGAGCCUUGUAUAAAAAGCCUAGUUCUCCUGCACCUAGCAGAGCCUCUCAUGCAGAAGACAAUGUUGACACUCAGGAUUGUGCCCAACCUGUGACCAAGCCAGUCAGAAACUGCCAGAGCCUGGAGCCUAGAGAAGAGAAGGAACAAGGAGAACUUGAGGUCCCCUGGGCAGACACAUGCCUGCAAGAGGAUGAUGCAGAGCUAGAAAAAUUGGACCAGCUCAGGGAGAGCAUUACACCUGCCCUGUCGAGCAAUGAAGAGUCACUUUCUGAUUUCAGCAGGCCGCAAACUAGUGCCUUCAGUCGGAGUACCAGCCUCCACAGUGGAGGGACCACCCAACAGUCUGGUAUCAGUGACCUUGGACGGGCCAGCAGCACCCCACUCUCCCAGCUGCGCACCUCCUCCAUCUUCCUGUCAGCUCUUGCUUCCUCAGACUCUGAACUGGACACAGUGACUCCCACCAGCACAGGUUCUGAGAAAGACACCUUGAACAAAACCCCUCUGUUAGGAUCGAGUGACCAUGGAACCAAUAUCAGCAGCAACACUGAGAACCUCAAUCUGAGUAAGAUUGGUUGCCACAGCAAUCCUACUGGCCCACUCCAAGAACAAAUCUCAACAGGCAAACACUCACAGUCAGAGAGGACACCCUCCUUUGUGGAAAUUUGGCAUGACAGAGUCCUCAACCACUGGCCUGUUCUUCCACCCAUCUCACCGGAAAGAGGUUAA